GAUAUCUAACUUCAUUAGUUAUUUGUGCUUGCAGUCCAAGGAAGACCAUUUGAAGUUAAAGAGAUGUUUUUGGAGGACAUUUUACGAAGCACUGGGUAUACAAACAAAGAGAUGAUAAAAUACAAAAAGGAGAAACAGCGAGAAGAAAAACAGCAAAGCACUCUCACUGAGUGGUGUUCUGCUCAAGAAAGUAGUAGCAACCCAGAAUCACGGAGAAGAAAAUCUGUUGCAAGUGUAUCUGAAGAGUAUAAUCUGCUGGAUAGCAGUGGUGACACAGUAUUUAAUCAUCUGAUUGAGAGAGAUACAAGUUGUCUUGAACCAUGGCUGAUAAAAGAAAUGGAUUCUUGUCUUUCUGACAUCUGGUUACAUAAAGAUGUUGAUUCCUUUGCUCAGCUGUUCCAUUUCAUUUUAACUGAAAAUGUCAGUGUUGACUAUAGGCAUAGUGAAACCAGUGCAACUGCACUAAUGAUCGCUUCAGGGAGAGGCUUUCUAAGUCAAGUAGAGCAAUUGAUCAAUAUGGGAGCAAGUGUCCACUGCAAAUCAUCCAAUGGCUGGAUGGCUUUAGACUGGGCUAAGCACUUUGGACAAACAGAGGUGGUUGACCUGUUGGAAUCUUACAGGUAAGCUAUGGCUGCUUUGCUAAAACAGUUGUUUAACAUAGUAUGUCUCCCACCUUUUAAUUAGAACAAUCUAAUUUUAUAUGCUCUAAAAUAUGGCCUAAACAACAAGAUUGGGAGUUGGAACUCUUUGGAAGCAUAUU